UGAGUGUGAAGAAAAGACGCUGCAUCGUAAGAGUUUAGACAUUGGAGCAAUUUUGUGUAGUUUUAUCAUGACAUAUUUGCUUUUUCUGGACUAAUCUAUAGAAAAUACUUAGCUCAGGUAUUGCAUAAAAUGAUAUUUGUGUAGUUUAUACGGCAGGAAUUAUUGCAACAUGGAUAUUUACCAUAUUAUUUUGAGAUCUUGACCUUGAGUGUACAUUGAUCUCACAGGCAGCAAGAUGUGGUUCCUCGUUUUUCUUCUACUGUGUGAUAUCGCGAUUCUCUAUGCGGUUUGCUGCUGCAGUUUUACCUUUUAACUGUAGGCUGUAUUACGAUUCGUCAGUGUGGGAUGUUUAAUGGGUUAAGAAAUUGUGAGAGACGACAUGUGUAUAAAACUCGGAGGCGAAAUGGAUAAUCAUUGCAUGUGUAGGAUCGAUGGCUGUAGCUAACCAAGCAAGCUUUUCGAACGUCAGAAAGGAUGCAGUGAUAGUACACUAAUAAUGUAGCACACGAAAGCCUGACUGGCGAAUAUAAAAUGAAAAAUCAAUAUCCUGCAUCCGAUUUUGAAGGAUACCAUUUCGAACGAGAAAAGCUACAACUUCUUUUGGGUACUAAAUAUGCCGUGUAAUGUGUGUUUUUGUGAAUCCGAAGCAUUUAUCGCAUGUGUUUGUUGAUUAUCCCAAGCUCCGUGCCCAAUGGAGUUUCGUUCGUUGUUGAACUGAGAACGAGACGGGCGGGCUAAGGAAGAUGUGGAAUGACAAUUACUAUGACCUAUGUGCCAAUGAAGAAUUUGGUUUCAGGCUUAGUCCAAUCACUAUGCAACAAGGAUCAGGAUCAACUACACCGAGCGCUGCGCCCGCAACCGUACCACCAGUAACAAUGGGAAAGAUGGACGAACCGCCGCCACGUAACGAACCGGUCGUGGAGCCGGUGAAUGGAAUCGUUCAACCUCCUGUGGUGCCACCGCCAGAGCGGCCUGGUCGACUCACGAAUCAAUUGCAUUUUCUGCUGAAGACAGUGAUGAAAGCCGUCUGGAAGCACCAAUUUUCCUGGCCCUUCCAACAGCCAGUGGACGCGAAAAAGCUAAACCUUCCUGACUAUCACAAGAUCAUCAAACAGCCAAUGGAUUUGGGAACGGUUAAGAAACGUUUGGAGAACAAUUACUACUGGACGAGUAAAGAGUGCAUACAAGACUUUAAUAUAAUGUUCUCCAACUGUUACGUGUAUAACAAACCAGGCGAAGAUGUGGUCGUGAUGGCACAGACGUUGGAAAAGUUGUUCCUGACAAAAGUGUCACUAAUGCCGAAGGACGAGGUGGAAAUGGAUGUUCCGGCGCCAAAAGGUGCCAAGAAAAAACCACCGGUGCGCCAGCUCGCUCCUCCCGGAACACUAGUCGGAAGCGCCCCGAUUGUCACCGCAACCGUAACGGCACCAACGCCGACGACACCCGUGGCAGCAGUACGUGCUCGACCUAGCUCUGCGCUUGGUAGUGCAGUUACUUCAAGCGUUCCAGCAAAUAAUGUAACUGCAACGACAACGGCAACGACUAUAGUGCCGAGUGUGCCACCAAUCGGUAUACUACCUCCCCCUACUGUGCCCGGUAGCACAAACACAACAACAACGGCCACUCCGACCGUGGUCAGUGCAGCGCACAAUUCUCUCGCUACACCGGUCACUCCGGUAGUGCCGAAACCGGUCCCGCCUACGACGUCACCCUACAUUGUGAAUAGUUCGCAGUCCGGAAUUGAAACGGUUUUACCUCCCCAGCAACCCGCGAAAGUUAAAAAAGGUGUUAAAAGAAAGGCCGACACGACGACUCCAACUGCUACUGCCUACGAUCCGCACUACGGUACUAAUCUGGACCCGAGCAAUCCGAAAAUCGCCACCCGAAGGGAAUCUGGACGACAGGUAAAUAAGGUAGGCGGAGUUACUUGUCGCGAAUCGUUUGUUUUCUGCGAGUCACAAGAAGCUUCCGCAAUACUAUGUAUCAAGAAACCAAUGGAUCUGGGCACCGUAAAGCGGAAAAUGGAUAAUAGGGAAUACAAAUCGGCAAACGAAUUCGCCGCCGAUGUUAGGCUUAUAUUUACCAAUUGCUACAAGUACAACCCACCAGAUCACGACGUUGUUGCCAUGGGUCGCAAACUACAGGAUGUGUUUGAAAUGCGCCUAGCGAAUAUACCGGAUGAACCGGUAAACAACGCUACGCCUAAUCAAAGCAAGGAAAGUGACUCAUCGUCUUCUAGCGAUUCUAAUGCCACUGAGGAAGAGUCUGAAUCGGACGAGGAGUGCAAUCAAAAGUUAAAGAUGCUUGAGAAGCAGCUGUUUGAAAUGCAAGAACGUAUGCGAAAGCUUGCUGAAGAAGCGUCGCUGAAAAAGAAAGCCAAGAAGAAAAUGAAGGAAAAGAAAAAACUUUCAACCAUGGGUUCGAGUGAAAUAAAACAGGGCAUGGAAGUGCACGCCAAUCCGCCACACGCUCCGGUUAAGACGAUUCAUCAAGUUACUGCUAUUGCACAGCCACAAAUUACCAGUGCAGCUCCAGUAGUUCCAGCAGCGGCUACCACCAAAACGAAGACGAAAGGCCAGCGAGCACCCAAAGCAGGAGCCACUCCGAACGCGCCCGCCAAGCGAGCAAAAGGAGCCGGUACCGCGACUACAGGUGCAACACGAGGUCCUAACAAGAAAAAAGGUUCGCAAAAUGUUGCAAAUUUUGAUUCUGAGGAGGAAGAUACCGCCAAGCCCAUGUCGUAUGAUGAAAAAAGACAGCUAUCACUCGAUAUUAAUAAACUACCAGGUGACAAACUCGGUCGUGUUGUACAUAUUAUCCAAAGCCGAGAGCCAUCACUGCGUGAUUCAAACCCGGACGAAAUUGAAAUAGACUUCGAGACGCUCAAACCAUCUACGCUACGAGAAUUGGAAAGCUACGUGGCCUCCUGUUUGCGCAAGAAAACUCGUAAGCCUUACUAUAAAAAAGUUUCCGGAAAAUCCAAGGACGAACAAAUGGCAGAAAAAAAGCAGGAGCUCGAAAAGCGGCUGCAGGACGUUACUGGUCAGCUGGGGACUGCCAAGAAGAACGCUAAAAAGGCGGACGAGGCAGCGAAACAAGACGUAGCGCCUUCUGGUGGUAACAUUUCCUCGAGCAGUAGUUCAAGUGAUUCAUCAUCGUCAAGUUCCAGCGAUUCCAGCUCGAGUGAUUCCAGCGACAGUGAAGCAGAGUCCGGACGACCUCCCAAGAAGAAGAAGAAAGAUUCAUCUUCGCCAGUGCAAUUACCAUCAUCCAUGGUAACGAACCCGCCAAUUCCCGCUACAACAUCGACAAAUACAGCUACCGCGACAGUAACAGCACAGACCAGUACAUCGUCGACGGUCCCAUCUGUCGUUCCUAGCAGCAGUUCAUCCCUUUCUAACACAGCGCCAACAGUUACUGCAUCCACUACAUCACUAACGACGCCACAAAAUUCAUCGACACCAUUAGCAGUUGUUCCUCCAUCAUCCACGGCAGCAUCAAUCGUGAUACCGCCCGGUCCCAGUACACCAAAUAUGCCAACUACGAAUCCUAGUACGACAACUUCCCAGAACACAACACAAACUCCGAUUCCUGUUCCACCGGUCACACCAUCUACUAGCAUACUACCACAAACACCUCAGCUUUUGUCAGAACAAGGUCUGUCUCUGGCAGUGCCUGGUAGUGAUUGUGUUUUGAAUAACAGCCUGAGUAACAGUAGUAACUGCAACAACAGUAACCAAGUUCCAUUACCAACGCCGUCACCAAAUACGACAACAACAUUACCUUCAAAUCUGUUGUCUACUAGCAGUAAUAGUAUGAAUAACAUCAACACUGUUACGCAGCAAUCGCAGCAACAGGCAAGUCUGCAGCAAUCUCUCGUCCAGCUCGGCCAGUCUAGUAGUAAUAGUAAUCUGGCAUCCAACAACACUAACGGUAUGAGCAAUCCGAUCAAUGUACCGACUUCACAGUUUUCUGCAGGUCUAGCAGCAAUCCACAGUCUAGCCAAUAUGGCUUCCACUGGAAUGCAACAACAGUUGCACUUACCUCCGGUUCAAACGCAAAGUCAACAGCAGCUACCGCAGAUGGGCAAACAGCAGCAAAACCAGUCCGCUCACAUGCCCAUGCAAAUUCCAUCGGUGCGGACUUCAUCCGGUAACACACAAUCGCACAAUAUGGCAAGUUUCAUCGAUCCUCUGGAACAUUCAUUGGCCUCUUUUGAAAAGAACGACGCAACAGCGUUAAGUUUAAAUCUGUUAAAUGAUCUUCAGUCAUCACUAAAGCAAGAACUGUCUGUUGGAAGCAUGCAAGCCCAUACAAACCUAAUACCAUCGCUAGACCUGAUGACGCACCUGCAAAAUCAGAUGCACCACUCAAAUAAUGGCUUUAACAACGACUUCAACGGCAACGGACCGCUUAAUGGAAUGGGCAACCUUGCAUCUAGUGUUGGCAUGAGUCAGAUGGUAUUAAAUUCAAUAGCAACGACUAACCCGAUGCUGGGAAACGUACCAAUGCCGUCAUUAUUUGAUCCACUGCAAAAUUUCAUGCGCUCGUCCAGUUAUCAAGGAAAUCCCAGUCAUAACGAGCGAACGAUUGACUUAACCGGUGGAAGCAGUAGUUUAGGGCCGAUUCUUAAAAAAGAGGAGGGAAAGUUCAUGUUAACACCCAAACCGAUAGAGGAUUUGCUGAUGAAUCCCGGCGAAAAGAAAUUAAACAACACGCCCCCCGAUGUGAAGGGGAACUUUUCACAUGCAUUUAAAUCCUCGGUUCAUGAUCAAAAUCUGAAGAAUGCAUGGUCGUCGCUCGCAUCAGCAGGCUCUCCACAGAACAAUCCCACCUCCAACAAACCAAAGCCGGCUAUGGACACCUUCCAAGCAUUUAGGAAUAAGGCUAAAGAAAAACUCGACAGGCAGAAGCUACUCCAGCAACAGGAAUUGAAACGUACCCAGAAGGAACAGGCGGAGAAGGAAAUGAAACGACAGCAGGAGCAACAGCACAAGGUUAAACCAGAUGAUAUAAACAAUGGACGGAAAAUGUCGAUCGAACCACUACCAACUCGUGUUGUUGAAGACAUCAAAGCAUCGCCACAGGGUAGUCCUACGCCAGUAGCGCCAACCACACCUCACAAUGUAGACCGAUCGGCAGCCAAACGAGCUGAGCUAAGAAAAUUGGAACAGGAACGUCGAAGGAAAGAAGCGAUGGCUGGACAAAUUGACAUGAAUAUGCAGAGCGAUUUGAUGGCAGCGUUCGAAGAAUCCCUGUAAAUGGGAUAUAAGCGUAACUUACUCGGAACUUAUAUUCCUGCAGUAAUAUUACUGUUUUGUUACACAACACUUGAUGAUAAGCGCCUCUGCAUAGCACCGAACUAGAUUGUGGUUGAAAAAUUGAGUACAUUUUUGAUAACAUUGUAUCUCGGAAAGGCGUCCAAGUAAUUCAAGAGCUGUUGUCUGGUAUGCACUUUAGUAGGGAGGUUAGAAUGGAGUUGAUCGGCGGCAAGGCAAAGAAGAUUAUGUAAUCAAAUAAGUGACAUUAUGAUUUGUGAUAUGUAACGUAAAUAUAUAAAAAGCAUAUAUUUAUAUUUAAAACAACAGCAGCGGAAAAAGUAAGGUUUAACUUUUGAAGAGAAUUCGGGAAGGCCUUUGUGCGUAUUAUUGCAUAUGCAGCUGAUGUAGGUAAAAAGACGAUUGAACGAUUACGAUGGUAAAACAAUAGCGACUCAGAUGCGAUAAGGGCAGUCAGUACAUUGUAGAAAUUAAUCCUUAAAAAUCAGUGUUACUCUAAAGUUCGAGUGUUAAUCGUAAGAAGUUUACUUAGCAGCCAAAAACUGUAAGGAAAAGAUAUAAAAAAAUGAAAAUCUGGUUAUUAUGAUUUUCACUGGGUAUAGUCAAACGUUAUCAUGUUUUGAGUUACUAUUCGAAGCACUCUUCAGCAGACUGAAAAGUGUGUUGCUUUUUAUACUUUUAAUUAUCAUAUAUUACGUGACAGUCCAGAGUUGAUAAGAUCAAGAUAGUGUAAUUUCUCGAGCUGUAAUUACUUAGGAUAAAUCUAUUAAACAUGGUAGUUUUUAUUUUAAACAAGCAAGUCUUAUUAGUACUACUUAGUGCUGUUUGUCAAACUAAGCAGUGAAAAUGAAAUAAUUAGGUAGCAAUUAUGAAAAUAUACGAGACUAACCACAACAUCAAAUCUACCAAAUUUGUUUGUGCCAGAUCAUCUGUAUGUGCGGUUCCCCUGUGGCAUGAUCAUGUAUGUUUCUAAUCACAUUUCCCAUCUACAAAUCCAACAUCAGUUUUGUGAAAGAAACUCCCUCGUCAGGUCGAAUGCCGGUACAAUGCUAAGAUUUGGGUUGGAGCUACUACUUUCUCAUUUGUAAAUAUUUAAUUUUCACCAUCAAUCAACAGACGAGUCAGAAGUGUUAUAAUAUAUGGGUAGCGUUAGUUGGAUAUUUAUUUUAAGGCCGUCAAUACACUGAAAACUGAAACCAACUUAUGUAAAUGCUGUUUGUAUAAUACAAUAAAAACGACAACACUGUAAUAUACCUAAACAUAGUCGAGAAAAAACUUGUAGAACGUAGUUCGUAUAAUCUAGCAAAACUAUUCUUGGAAUACAAAGUCCGAAACCGAUUUAACAACUAAACGGACGUAAUUGCAACUCUUAGAAAGUGUGUAAAAUAGUACUAUAAAAUGUGGGCGCAAAUUAGAAUAACUCACACCAAAAAUCCAUCGUGACUGAGAAGCAGUGUACCAACCAAUCAUUACGUUGUUUGAUUUUUCACUCAAUUGAUGGUCCAAUUUUCUACUAGUUUUUAUGAGAGUAUUAAUAGAACACUAGGGAUGGUAGUAAACAGAAAAAAAGAAACGCUGUACAUCAGUGUUAUCCCCUUAUGGACAACGAAUCGGUGCAGCACUAAAAUGUUUUGUUUUGGUUCCUUUCUUCUGCGUAACAUUCAAAUCACUGCAGAGAGAAUGAACUGUUCUUAUUCAGGCACGAGGAAAACAAUAAUGUAUUUGUCAAGAGCAAUAGAUGUAUUAGAAGUUAAGAAUCUAAAGCAUGGUAAAAUGAAGAUAAAAAAUAAAAUGAAUACAAUUUUUAUUGACAUAAACUACAAUCAAACACGAAUAUGAAAAGGAGUAAAAAUUACUGAACGUUAAGAGAAA